AUGAAUACUGAUAAUCGCUAUCCUGUGACUGCGUCUCUUUUUAUGUUGAAGGAAAUAAAACACAGACAGGAGCAAGUAAAUCGCGGGUACCAGCUCCUGAAGAGAAAGGCUGAAGCUCUUCGCAUGAGGGGUAGACAGGCGGCCUCAGAAUUGGCCUCGACGCAGGCCAUUCUGGGCCAUAUUUUGAGAGAAGCUUACAUAUCAUUGGCUGCUAUAAAGUUUACUAACGGCGAGUCGAAUGCAUUGGUGCUUGAGAAUAUUGGUCAAGCUCAAAUUCGAGUGCAGCGUAUACCGGAAAACAUAUCAGGUGUGGCCACCAUUUCCCUUCAAGCUUUAGAAGAAGUGGGGGCUUGGGACUCAAUGUGCUAUGCAGGCCUUGGAGCUGGUGGCCAUCGCACCAGUGAGGCCAAGAAAGCAUUCAGGGAGGCCGUGCGAACUCUCGUCAAGUUUGCCUCAUUGAGAAACACUUGUAUCCUUUUGGAUGAAUCCAUUAGGUCUACUCUAAGAAAAGUGAAUGGUAUUGAAAAAGUUAUCAUGCCGAAAUUACGCAACACUGAAACUUACAUAUUGAUGGAAAUGGAUGAAAGGGAGAGAGAAGAAUUUCAUCGUUUAAAAAUGGUGAAAGCUAAGAAGGUUAAAAAUCAGGCGCGCGCCGUACAACUGCGUCAGUCGGCCAGUUUUGGAGGCGCUGGUGAAACGGGAGAAGGCGAUGAAGCAGAGCCAGAUCUGCCUCCUCAGUGCGAGCCGAUAGAAUGUCUGACCAGCAUCCUGGCAUGCUCCUCAUUAUCCACCACCACGGAAUCUGGUGACUUCAAGCCCGUCUGUUAUCCACACAACUGGGAUGAUGAUGAUCUCCUAUUUUAA